AUGGCGCCCUCGAAACAGCCCAGUGAGUCUAGUGACGCCAGUGAGCCCAUUACCCCCACGGUCUCCCGACCCUCGACUCCAUCAAAGCAAGCAUCCAUUAUUUGGGAACUCGGAAAUGCUCCUAUCGCUCCGGGAUUCUAUAAAUCCGAUCAAGACGAGCAACUCGACGUCAAGCCUUUGCCUCAAAUCCAAAUUACAGACCCUGAUCUCAACACCACCCGUCUCUUCAGCCCAUUCUUACCAAAGUUAUUUCAACGGCGCCCCCAUCUGAAAUUUCCAGCACCUUCAAAGCCCCGGGAACUCCUGCCAGCAUUCUCACCGGAAAGAAAGCGCUCAACAACUCAGCUAUCCAGUUCGUCUCCCGAUAGCACAUCAUCAGACAACGCCGAGGAUACAUGCGAGGAUAUGUGGAGAGAGCUUCAGAGGAAAAUCUUGGGUGCAUCUGAUUUCGACUCGGAGAAGGAGGCGAUUGACAAGGAACUCGCAUGUCGAGAGAGGAAUAGAGAAGGACGUUGA